AUGAUAGAAAAUAUAAAAGUACAAGAUAAGGAAGAAGAAAGAGCAGCAGAAAGAAAAGACAGAGAAGCUGUAGGCGAGAAAGAAGGAGCGCGUGAGCAUAUUGACAAUAUUACCAUUAUGUCUCGAAAACGACCAAGGCAAUCUAUUCCUUCUCAUGUAGAGUUUGAAAUGGAUACUUCUGACGAUAAUUGUGACGAGCUUGUCGCGAUUCCGAAUCCAGACAAUUCUGGUUGUUCUAGUGAUUCCGAUUCUGAUUUUGAAUCAAUCGAUCACCUUUCGAGUAUCACUUAUAAACAAGCAUCGGAAAAUUACACAGAUAAUCAAUGUAAAUUGGAAGGAGAUCACCAAUAUAAGUGGAUGGUUGGUGAAAAGAGCUACCCGAAUGAGACUGAAGACAAAUUAUUACUAACUGACGGUGUAAAAAAAAGUAUUCAAAAAAGUGAGCCGAUACAACUGUUUGAAAAGUUUUUCUGCAUGGAAAUGAAAACAUACAUUAUUGACUCAUGUAAAGAGAAUGGGUUUGAAUUGCAGUUGGAUGAUUUGAAUACUUUCAUUGGCAUCAUCAUUGUAAGCUCGUUCAAUAAAAGAAAAUCUCAAAGAGACUAUUGGUCAACUGAUCCCUUCUUAUUAUGUGAGGUGGUUUCUUCUGCAAUGCAACGCGAUACAUUUGAGAAAAUCAAAUCAGAAUUGAAGUAUUUGAUGCCUAAAGACAAUGAUCCCAGUGAUAAGGCAUGGCGCGUUCGUAAAUUACUACAAUUAUUUCAGAGAAAUAUUCGUCAGUUUGGCUUGUGGAAGACUGCGUUAUCUGUUGACGAAAUGAUGGCCAAAUCAUAUGCAAGAACAUCGCUAAAACAGUUUAUCCGGGGAAAACCCAUACGAUUCGGACUAAAAUUUUGGGGUCUCUGCACCGCCGAUGGAUACCUGUUGAAUCUCGAUUUAUAUUGUGGAAAAACCUCAUCAAUUGGAGAUAAAUUGGGUAAAUGUGCUCUAGGUUCUCGUGUAGUGAUGGAAUUAUUGGAUCCAUUUCUCAAAUCUAUCCCUCCUAAGAAGAUAUCUCAGUUCCAUCUUUACUGCGAUAAUUUUUUUACGAAUUUCGAUCUCCUAGUACAUUUGAAAAAGUUAGGUUUACAAUGUACAGGAACUAUAAGAGAAAAUCGAGUCAAAGAAAAAAAUGUAAUCGACAAAAAGUCUCCACGAG